GGGUGCGCUUUACCGCAGUAUCACUACAUUUCUGCAGCACUCAUCAAAACUCUGCGGCAUGAAGACAAGAGCCGAGGGGGAGGGCACUCACUCGGACCGGGCUACCUCUUACUUUUAGUCUGUCUUUCUCCAUCCUUAGAUAGGCUUCUCUUUUAUGUUCCAUCACUGCUAGAAAAAAAGGACUCCCUUCUCUCUCUCUCUUUCUCAUCCGCCUUAGGGUGCAUUUAUUCCAGGUUUUUUUUUUCUCAGGGAGGCUUAUCUUGUAUGACAAAAUGGCAAAGGAUGGAGAAAAAAGCGAGUGGAAGGAGUUUAUAUGGAACCCCAGGACGAGGGAGUUUCUGGGCAGGACGGCCAGCAGCUGGGGUCUCAUCCUUCUCUUCUAUUUAGUUUUCUACAUCUUCCUGGCCGGCCUGUUUGCUCUCACCAUGUACGUCAUGCUGCAGACGCUGGAUGACCACAAGCCUACCUGGCAGGACCGGCUCUCCACACCAGGCAUGGUGAUUAGACCCAAGGCCGACGAGACCUUUGAGAUUGUGUAUGACAUCCACAAAACUGAGAGCUGGGACAUGUACGCUCAGGCCCUGGACAAGUUCCUGGAACCCUACAACAGCACAGUCCAGGCCCAGAAAAACGACGAAUGCAAACCGGACCAAUACUUCAUGCAGGAGGACAGCGGUGACGUGAAGAACAACCCCAAGCGCUCCUGUCAAUUCCAACGUGCCCUUCUGGAGGACUGCUCGGGAAUGAAUGACCGUUACUAUGGAUACCAGGAGGGCAAGCCAUGCAUCAUUAUCAAGAUGAAUCGGGUGAUUGGACUGCUGCCAGGAAAGGAUGGCCAGGCUCCUUAUGUCACCUGUGGUGCAAAGAGGUAUAAGGUUGGCAAAAAUGAAUGGAGAGAAGACACUGACAAAAUUGGAGAGUUGAUGUACUUUCCUUCCAAUGGCACAUUCAACCUGAUGUACUACCCUUACUAUGGCAAGAAAGCUCAGGUGAAUUACUCGCAGCCUUUGGUUGCCGUCAAGUUCCUCAACCUCACCGCCAACGCCGACGUCAACAUCGAGUGCAGGAUCAACGCCAACAACAUUCCCAACGGAAACGAAAGAGACAAGUUUGCCGGACGGGUGUCUUUCAAGCUGAGGAUCAACACCAUUAACUAGGUUUUAAAGCCUUUUUUUCCUCCCCUUCCUCCUCUGAAAACCUAACGCUCUGCAACAUGGACACAUGCACAGAAACACAUUGCGGCAUUCCCACCCUUUGUGGCUUUUGUUUACAACCAAUCCCUCCCCAAAACCAAUCAAUUGGCGGGUGCAGACAUUGUGUGUCCAGGUGUGUGAUGAGAUCAGGCAAGAAUAAAGGGUGAUAAUCCUGUAAUUAUUUCUGUCAGUGAGCUUGGGGACAAAUUUGUUUCUGUAAAUUAAUUUGAGGUGACGUCUAUUUAUACUGCAUGACAAACAAACUAGGGGAUGUGAAGGAUAUAAACGUGUGUUUAGGACCAGUAACAUUAACUCUAUUGCUGCUGCUGUCCUGCUGCCUCAAUAUAGAGCCUUUCUCCAUAUGUGAUUACACACCAAUACAAAAUGUGUAUAUCUGCAGUUUUUGUUCCUACAAUAUAAUAUAACCAUAGUAGGGAUGGGCAUUUAAAACAUUCCAUUAUCCUCCACAACUGAAUUAAUCCGUCCUUUUAUUUACUUGAGAUGGUAGAUAAUACUAAGAAAAGUGUCUGCAUGGAUGUAUGAGGUCUAUCUAUAACGUCCCUUUUCUUCACCAUGCUUCUUGAGACUGACUCAACAGUGCCUCUGCUGGUUGCGGCCGAGUAUGGCACUCUAUUAUUAACCACUUUGCGCAGAAUUCCUACAAAUCAUAUGCUCAUCCCUAAUCCAUUUAACUAAUUACACACAAAAAAAUUAAUCCAACAGUAUAUAUCUUAAAGGAUGGAUGCCGAGAUGAAGCCCUUUUGCAUGUGUGUGUUGUCCUUAGCGUGUUACGAGGCCCCGCCCCAAAUGUCCCACCUCUCAGAAAAAAAACAGUUCUGUGAAAGCCCUGACCACCAGGAGGGACCGCCAUGUACGCUACAAAAAAAAUUAUACACUUGUUUUAUAAACACAAUGAUAGUUUGUGGCUUGGAUGUUAGCGUGUUUGAUCCAUUUAUUGACACUUUUCAUAUCAUAGGUCGGGAAGUUGCAUACUUUGUGCAAUACUUAUUCAAACUAAACAUUAUGAAUGCUUGAUCCUAUUGUGGGACGUCUGCAGGCUAAUCCCUGCAUAUAAUCUACAUGCUAUAUGGUCUUCCGCGCAUUAUUUCACCUCCACCUACUGAAAGUUGUGCGUUUUUUAUUGCGUGAGAGGUCUUGUUUUUGUCCCAAUAGAGUUGACAAAGAGCUCAAACAAUCAAUGAAAUCAUCACGGGAGGCAUUUUUGUUAAUAGUGACAUAUUUAGUUGUGUUUGUUUGUAUUGCAUUGAUAUAUCUGACUUCAGAAAUGGAUGGCAAUUAAUAUUUUGUAUUGAUUUGCACUCGCUGUGCUUUGUGUGUGUGAAGAUGGCUUGAAUUCAUACACAGAAGGUUACUAUAGAGGCGACUAAUUUGUGUUGCCAGAUGGGAAAUGACAAAUGAUUGUACAUACCUAAUUUGACCAUGUAUAGCAGGGGUGUCCAAAGUGCGGCCCGGGAGUCAUUUUUGGCGUGCAGUUGGUUUUCUGUACGCCCUUGUCACUUUCUGAAAAUUAAAAUAAUUUAUUAUUAAUGGGGUGUAUAGAAAAUGGAUGGAUGGACGGAUGGAUGGAUAAUAUAUAACAGGGGUCUGCAACCCGCAGCUCUCGGAGGUGCAUGCGGCUCUUUCAUGAGUCCGCCGUGGCUGCCUUUGGCUUUAAAACAAAAUUCAUUCAUCAGUCAUUUCAAUGUAUUUAAUUUGAUUUAGUUAUUUUAUUUUGAUGAAACCGUUGUUAUUUUGUAGAAUUCGGUCAUCUUGUAAUGUAAAAAUAAAACAUAUUUUAAUAUUUUCUCGAUCGAAAUGUACGUCACAUCCCCCUGUAUGUCAUCUUUAGCUGGCAAGCAAUUGUAUUGUUUUUAGCCUUCAACCCCUGGUAAGCUAACAAUAGACCGAUCAAAAGAGAAAACAAUUUAUGAUGAAAGUAGAACAUUUAACGCUUCAUGGACAGAAUCAUUUAGUUCAAUGUUGACAAGGCUGGUUCACCUGUGUGCUUAAUAUGUGAGGUGAAAAUAGCAAACAACAAAACAUGUUGAAAGACAUUUCCUGGACAAACACACAGCAUUCGCGGUGGAAUACCCAGCUGGAGACCAAAAAAGAGCAGUUUCGGAAGUCCUGCGCGCAGAAAGCUGAUCAGAGCAAAAAUACUUGAUUUGAUUUAAAAAAUGCUAUAGCAUAAGCGUAAUAAAACUAUAAGUGGUGCUAUUGUCGUUUUAGGGAUCAAACAAAGUUUGCGUCUGGAGGUGGGUUUUAUUUGGUGGGAAAUGAGCUCAAAAGGCUAUUUGUAUGCUGAAGGUUGCCGACCCCUGAUAUACAAUAUUAACAACUAGAGGUGGGAAUCUUUGGGGAUGUCACAAUUCGAUCCGGUGACAAUUUGAUUCAGAAUCGAUACUGGAGUCAACACGAUUGUUGAUUCAAACUGAUCCUCACAAUGUAUUAUUUGGUAUAAUAAUUAUAAUACAACCUUUUCAAAACAGCUUACAAAACCUCUUUUAGGUUGCUAAGGUAUAUGCACAGCGUGUAAGCAUGGAGAUGGCCGAAAAAUGGGAUUCUUAAAAAAAAUUAAAAAUCAAUUUUUGAAAAUGAUGGAUCGAUUUAGAAAUGGAAUAAAUAACAAUUGUCAUACGGAUGUGAAUCGAUUUUUUGAGCACCCCUAAUAACACUUAUAAACCAAAAGCUAAGAUUACCAUAUAGAGUAUUGGUUUUAGCCUUUUUAAUGCACAAAAUGUAUCAAAGUUACAUUCUUUCAUUUUUCAGUAUGGGGGCCUCGGCGGAAAACCCCUAUCUUGUCAUUUUACCUUUAAAUAAACUAAAAGCAUUGUUGGGAAAUAAAAACUGUCAGAACAGCGCCCCCACCUUGCUGUAAAGAGGCAGGCGACACAAUGCUCAACAUGAGAUGCAGGAUGCAGAGCGCAACCUGUUUGUGUUUGCCGUGUGUCGAAGGGGUCAAAUAAUAGUAAGAAUUAUUAUCGUACAGUGGCGAUACUUUUCGUUCGAGCCUAUUUUAUUUACAUCUUGUAUCAGCUAGCUGUUACUACUUAGACUCAAAUGAAUCAAACCAGACUAGAAGUACCUUGUUAUAAAACUUAUUUUACCCACAAUUUUAUUUUUGUGGCACAUUUUCCUCCAUUUAUGCUAAAGACAGUCAGACAACACAACCGCUAACAAAGUGUUUGGUGCUAAUGAGGACGUGCUUUGACUGAUUGGUUAAAAAGUCAUUCAAACUCAGACAUUUCAGAGCAUCUUUUUUUCCACUCUAUUCACAUGCACGGCCCUCUGCUUGCGUUGCUGCAACACUUGCUUAAUUUCACUCUAAUCUCUUAAUCUGGUGGGCUAAUCCACUAGCCCUGCACGCUGAACUUCUUUGGCCCCACUUUGCCGCUUCUCCUCCUUGGCCCUCUCCGAAUUGUCCAACCAGACUCCAAAGAAAGAUCAUUAAUUUGUUUCCACGUGUUGGCACCGCGUUCAAUCCCAAAUAUUAGAUUCAAAUUCAUCUCCGAAUUCUUGCUUCAGCCUUUCUGCAUGUGAAGUCUUGAACCAAAGAUAAAAAUGUCCACCAACACACACCGUAUGAGAGCAGAGAGAUGCAUAAACAAUGCAGGCUGCAUAAAGCAGUGUUAUAAAAAGGCUUACUCUUAUAUAACAGUAACAAAAGGAGCAUGCUUCUCAAAUACAUAACAGUGCCUCCUGGUGGACAGAAAAUGUUAUUGCCAGUGCCCAGGAAUAAUUUUUCCCUCUAAGAGUGUCUCAAUUUAUCAAUACUCCCUGAUCAUUAGGAGAUGUCCUCGGAAAGCAAUAUAUUUCCAUCUUGUGUGGCUGUGUGACGUAUUUAUGGAAAAAGGUUGUGCAGAGACGUUUUUUUAAGGAUGAAAAGAAGUCAAGUAUUGUUUUCGACUGAUUAUUUUUCAUUGCAAUUUUGUGGUAAAGGUUAGAGAAUGUAUCAGCUGGGAUUGUAUCACGUCAGAUGAUUUACGUGGCAGGUUUUUUUUAAAUCAUUAUUUCAAGAGAAGUAACCUGCUCGGUUGUCGUUUUUAUUUGGUGACAUUUUCACUUUUUCCCCUUAAAAAUGCUUUUCAGGUUGUGUGUAAACUUUUCCCAAACAACGCCACAGUGUGUUCUGACCAAAAAUGAUGGAAGUAUGUCUAAAACAAAAAGAAAAGAAACAAAACAACCUACCCUACACCUUCCUUAUAUUUCAUCCUAAUCAUGAAUGUGGUGAAAGGAGAGGAAUCAGAUCAGUUUGUUGCCCAAAUGGAUGAUGAAUCUACUCUGGAUCUUUAUUUUACGCUCUUACUGUAUGUAUAUUUUUGCUCAUGUUUACUGCAAAACAAGAUAGAGAAAUAAAUAAAUGUCAUUUAAGGGAA